AUGGAGGAUGUGCUGGGAGGGGAGGAAAUGGCGAAACUGACGGCGCAUCCGGCCUUACAUGCCAUCGUGAAGGCCUACAGUCUCGAUGAACAGGCCAACGGCGGUGCCGCCGAGGACGGCGAGGACGCCAGUAAGGAGGGGGGCGCAGACGCGUACUACCAAGACGACGAUGCCGCGCUACUCGACGAAGAUGCUGAGGAGGCGGCAGAGGCAGAUCGGGAGGCGCAACAGCGCGACAUCCUACUCUACAAACGCCUGCUAGCCCACCAGCUGCACUGUGGCAGCAUUGCCCAGCACAUUCAGCAGCACGGGUUGCUGCGCAUGAGCACAACACCGCCGGUGGACAUGACCAUGUACGGUAUCCUCUUCUCGUGUCGUGAGGUGCCGCCUGCUAGUGGCGCUGCGGAGCAUUCAGAGAGCUCCGUGUCUCUACAAGUGCGGUGGCAGCCGAGUAAGCGGAGUCGCUACGCUGGUACACCUCUCCACUGGGCCGUCCUCGCCCGCGCGCAUGACGCUGUGCGCUUUCUCGUAGAGCACGGCGCUGAUUGCACUGCAGGACUGAAGGCAGUCACGAACGACGGCACUGCGCCAGAUGCGCAGCUGAUGAUGUACGACCAGAAGGUGCUGGCGACGCUGACGCCUGCACGCAUGGCCGCCGCCAACGAGUCACACAGCACACUCGAAGUGCUGAAGAGAGCUGUGGCGGCGCAAGCAGUGACGCGUGCAGACGAAGAGGCCUUCUUCGUUGUGCUGGAGGAGCGUCUGCGGAGGCGCAAGGAGGCUUAUCUACGCCGUCUCGAAGAAGCGCGCAUGCGGCGACAGCACGAAUCCGAGGAGGAGGCGAGGCGUGCGGAGGUCGAGGAAGCUGAAGUCGAGGAGGCUGAGGAAGAGGAAGAGGGCAAUGUGUCCGGCGAAGAUGGCGACAGCGAAGAGAAAGAGGAGGCGGACGGCUGA